GCGAAAGUCUAACGGCUGGGGAAAUGUAUAUUCCAUCAAUUCUUUCAUGGAUUUGUGCAAUAUUUUGGCUCACAACGAGCUGCAGCGGGAAGAGUACUUGGGAUGCUGAGACACUGUUCGUGAACAGCACCAGUUCGGAUGAAUCGUUGUUGGUGUUUACGGCCGAAAUUGUGCGCAAGGGACGCGAGAAGCCCACGUUCUCAGCAUUGUUAGACUUCCAUUUCCAAGUGAAUGACUCGUCAUUGGUCGAGGCGUUAAUCUACCAUAGUCAAACGGGCGGCGAAGACGACUACAAGCAGAUGCCUUGGAACGUGCCGCAGAAACCUUUUUCGGAAUUCAUGGCCGAGUUUUACAAGGAUAUGCUCUAUGCCAAUUUGGGUGAAUGCUCGAAUUUGGCAGAGCCUGGCAAGGAAAUUCCGUGGCCUAUGAUAACAUAUAAGUUUGCUAAUUGCGCGGUUACUGGAGAGGGAAUGCCCGAAAUAGCACCCGAAGGAUACUACAAGAUAUUCUUCACUGUGACGGGCCAGGUUGACUGGGGCUUUGUCUUCAUCAUGAAGAUUGUCUCCAAAACAAAUGCGAUGGGCUAUUAAGCUUUGAAAAUUGUUUAAAAA